GAGCCGGGGCGGGGGCAGAGCUGGGGCGUAACUUGGAAGCGGACUGCUGGGUGCCCCCACGUACACACACAAACGCACCCCGGCCCGGCCCGACCCGCAGCGGGGGUUAAACCCCUUCGGGACCGACGCCGAUCUCCUCGCCCCGUGCUUCCCUCCUCCGCCCUGUGCCAGCCGUGGAGCCCGGAGCCUGUGCGCGGGUUUGCUCGCCGCAGGGCGGAGGGAGAUUCGUCUGACUCGUCAGUGGGAGAGUCAAGAAGUUCAAUCCCGGUGUGCCCGGAGGAGCUGGCGUGUUCCCGCCCGGUGUCACCGGGCUGCGCACACCCGGGCUGACGGACGGACUGACAGACAGACUGACGGCAGCCAGCGAGCCAUGAAGUUCUGGCUCCAGAGUUGUCUCGCAUCCCGUGGCGUUGCAGAGCGGGGGCGAGCGUGGAGGAACAGAACGAUCAGGAUGUGCGGCACUGGAGAUCAACACCGACUUCAAUAAACCAUGUAAUGGAGGCAGUUCUGGAUCUCUGAAAGGGCUCAGAGUAUCUGCAGUAGUGAGCAUUAUCUGGUGGUGGAUGUGGACUUUAAAACAUUGUGUCUCAACAUUUCAUCCUCAACUAUCUAUUUUUAAUCUGAUUGCACUACAAAAGCAAAGCUGCUAAUGGGAUAAAUGUUGAGACUUUACAAGAACUGACUUGAAGUACUGGAAGCCAUUAUUAUUAGUCAAGAAGAGCUUGAAGCUAAGUCUCUAUCUGACCAGUCAGUAUCAUUUUCACAUAACAGGCAUGGCAAGUAAACGAAAAUCAACAACACCGUGCAUGGUCUUAGCCAAUGAGCAGGAUCCGGAUCUAGAAAUGGUAUCAGACUUGGAGGAAGGACCACCUAUACUCACGCCAGCAGAUAACCCUACAGCAGAGAGCGUAACAAGUGAUGAGGAUGUUCAUGAGUAUGUGGAUUCAGACAAUCAGAAAAAUACAAAUAAAGUAGAAGGUGGUUAUGAGUGUAAAUACUGUACUUUUCAAACUCCAGAUCUCAAUAUGUUUACUUUUCAUGUGGAUUCAGAACAUCCUAACGUAGUAUUAAAUUCAUCCUACGUUUGUGUAGAAUGUAAUUUUCUUACCAAAAGAUAUGAUGCUCUCUCAGAACAUAAUUUGAAGUACCACCCUGGAGAAGAGAAUUUUAAAUUGACCAUGGUGAAACGUAAUAAUCAGACAAUCUUUGAACAAACAGUAAACGAUCUCACUUUUGAUGGGAGUUUUGUUAGAGAAGAAAACACUGAACAGGCCGACUCUUCUGAGGUCCCCUCAUCAGGGAUCUCAAUUAGUAAAACUCCUAUUAUGAAAAUGAUGAAAAACAAAACUGAGGCUAAACGUAUCGCUGUUUUCCACAAUGUAGUUGAUGACAUUCCUGGUGAAGAAAAGGGAACUGAAAAUGAGCCAAACUCUGAAGAAGUAGUAGAAAACCCACCACCAGCAGUUUCUGAGUCAAAAGCAAGCCAUUCAGUUGUUUGCAGUGCAGCAGAUGUGGCUAGUGCGGUAGUGACUCCAGCACCAGUGCUUCAGCCUGGGAUGGCACAGGUUAUAACAGCUGUUACAGCUCCACAGAACUCAAACCUGAUUCCAAAAGUCCUAAUACCUGUAAAUAGCAUUCCAGCCUAUAAUACCGCUUUGGAUAACAAUCCUCUUUUGCUUAACACCUACAACAAAUUCCCAUAUCCAACCAUGUCGGAAAUCACUGUUCUUUCCACUCAAGCUAAGUACACAGAGGAACAGAUUAAAAUAUGGUUUUCUGCACAGCGUCUGAAACACGGUGUGAGCUGGACGCCGGAGGAAGUGGAGGAAGCAAGGAGGAAACAAUUUAAUGGCACAGUGCAUACUGUGCCACAGACAAUUACUGUUAUUCCAGCACACAUAUCUGCCGCUAGCAAUGGUUUACCUUCAAUUUUACAGACAUGCCAAAUAGUUGGUCAGCCAGGACUUGUUCUCACUCAAGUUGCAGGUGCAAAUACGUUACCAGUAACAGCCCCAAUAGCUUUGACGGUAGCGGGAGUCCCAAACCAAACACAGUUACAGAAGAGUCAGAUUCAUACUGCUCAGCCUCUUGCAGAAACCAAACAAGUAGCUGCUGUUCCCGCCCCUCAGCCUAUCAAAAAUGAAUCCGCAUUGAUGAAUCCGGACUCCUUUGGCAUCCGAGCAAAAAAAACUAAGGAACAGCUGGCAGAAUUGAAAGUCAGCUACCUUAAAAAUCAGUUUCCUCAAGAUUCAGAAAUUGUUAGACUUAUGAAAAUAACGGGCCUGACUAAAGGAGAGAUCAAAAAGUGGUUCAGCGAUACUCGCUACAAUCAGAGAAACUCAAAGAAUAAUCAUGGGAUUCAUCUCAACAGUGAUUCAUGUGCCACCAUUGUUAUUGAUUCGAGUGAUGAAAUGAAUGAGUCCCCAACGGGAGUGACUCCACAGAGUAAGUCAUCAUCAUGGAGCGCUUUUCCUGAUUUCACCCCACAGAAAUUCAAAGAAAAGACUGCUGAACAGCUGCAAGUUCUCCAAGCAAGUUUUCUUAAUAACCCUGUCCUUACCGAUGAAGAGAUGAAUAGAUUAAGAGCCCAAACCAAACUGACCAGGAGGGAGAUCGAUGCCUGGUUUACAGAAAGAAGGAAAUCAAAUGUCUUGAAGGAAGAGGGAGCUGACUUGAAUGAGAGCAAUGCUGGCAGCUCAAAAGAAGAGGCUGGGGAAACAUCUGUGGGAAAUGGAGCAGCAGGAGCCAAAUCAGUGUGUUCCACUUCAAGCAAAAUAGGCAAAAAGUCACCAGAGCAGUUGCACAUGCUUAAAAGUUCCUUUGUCCGUACUCAGUGGCCAUCUCCACAAGAAUACAACAAGCUGGCAGAAGAAACUGGGCUCCCAAGAUCAGAAAUUGUGAGCUGGUUUGGCGAUACUCGCUAUGCCUGGAAAAAUGGUGGAUUGAAAUGGUAUUAUUAUUACCAGAGUGCCAGUGCAAACAGUCUGAAUGGUCAAGGCUUUGCAAGAAAGAGAGGGAGAGGAAGACCAAAGGGGAGGGGGAGAGGGAGGCCUCGGGGGAGGCCUCGGGGAAGCAAGAGGUUAAAUUGCUGGGACAGAGGUGUGUCUGUCAUAAAAUUCAAAACUGGAACGGCAAUCCUAAAGGACUACUAUAUGAAGCACAAAUUCCUUAAUGAGCAAGACCUCGAUGAACUGGUAGCCAAAUCUCACAUGGGAUAUGAGCAGGUCAGAGAGUGGUUUGCAGAAAGGCAGAGAAGAUUAGAACUUGGAAUAGAGCUGUUUGAUGAGAACGAGGAGGAAGAUGAAAUGCUGGAAGAUCAGGAAGAUGAGGAAGAAACGGAUGAUAGUGAUACUUGGGAACCCCCCCGACAUGUUAAGCGUAAACUUUCAAAAUCAGAUUGACGUGCAAUUUGGGAUUUGGGGGCCAAAAACCUAUGAAUUAGGUUUGAUGUUAUGGUGAAGAGCCAAAUGAUUUUUCAUGGCCUUCAGUUUAGCAAGCACCUGCUUAGCAUCUUCCUUCUACCUAAAAGAACAUGGGCAAGAUGCUACCUGUGCCGGCAACAACUAUUUGCUUCCUUGCUACAAGAGAUGGACAUCCUCAGGCCUAGCCUAGGACAUGGGGUUAUAAAUCAGAUCCAGUUCAGCUCUUCCUCUUCCACGUUACAGAUCGGAAGGUUCAUGUUCAUCAUUCACAUGACUGCUUCUCAAUAUUUAAUUGCCUUAUGUUGUUUAAUUCCAAAAAAACACAGACACAUUUUUCGUUGAUGUAGGAGAACAUUGCCUGCUCAUGAAGGAGGAAAAUACAAAAACCUAAGAUGUCUUUUUGCAAACAUCGCUUCACCUGAAAGGUUUCAAGGCCUGGGUUUAUUUCUUAAGGAAAGAGUUCAAAACAAAAGAGAAGGGGAAAAGUGUUGACAAAGGAAUCAAUAAACCUAGGGGUGAGGAUUACUUGGUUUAAGAAAAUUAGGUGAUAUUGGCACCUUUUGUGUAUCUUCAGAGUGUUUUGGGUUUACAGAACUUGUGCUGAAAUGUUCCUUGUUGAUAAUUAUGAGCUAACUGAAUGAGUCUAAUGCUAGAAGAUGCUUUUCGUUACAUUUAAUCAGUGUAUCCUACAUCAAUUUAAUUUAAAUGCCUGACAGACUUGAUGCAGUUGAUAGUUACAUUCGCUUUUAGCUUGAGCAUUCUUUCCUUUGUUGGAAAUGGUGAGAAAAGUAUGUAUAUUUCUAGCUAAAAAUAAUAAUUUUUUGAAAUCUUACACUGAAUUUUAAGGUAAACGUGAGGUGGAAAUUGCCUAAAAGCUGUUCAGAGUUGCUUAGGGUUUUGUAAGAAUACACAGAUACAGAGACGAAAAGUGUCUUCAGGUGCUAGUAAGAAAAAUUUUAAGUUGUGGCAAUGACGUGAUGUUUAAUUCUUAAAAAAACUGAAGUUAUAUGGCUUUUAGAUGCUUAAGAAUGAUAAACACGCUAGUGUUUAAUUGGUCUUCAGUGACAGACCAGCUGAAUGAUUUGUGCGCAAGGUUAACCUAAAUUCAUCCUAAUGAUGAGCUCAAUCGAGCUCGCCACUAUGCUGAUUGUCUUAGGGCUGCUGGGUGAAUGGACCUAUUUUUAGAGGGGGUUUGAUCUACCUGAACUGAGCUCCAGAAGUAGUUUAAUCUGAUAAAAACCAGCUACAUCUUGGAUAAGUGUCUUUAAAACAGCAGGAGGGGGGGAAAAAAAAAAAAAGCCAGUUAGUCUCAAGACAUAGAACUCUACUGAGUCUGAAUUAGCAACUUAAAAACAAUGGGCCAAAUUGACAGAAGUUAAUUUAGGCAAAUAUCUGGCAUUGUAGAGAACUGGUACUUUGAGGAAGACUAGUUUGUGUUCUUGCUACAAUCAGUCUGCAUUUUUUAGGGAUAAGUUACUUUAUAUUUAGAUGUCACAAGAUGAUGAUGAAUCGGUGCUGCUGUCAACAGCAUUGUCUGCUUUUACGUUGGCACUAACAGAAAGGAUACUAGCAAUCUCCAUUUGCACAUCUGUCAGCAUCUCCUCUGUAGGCUUCUGCAUCUGAUGGCCAAUGACCAAUUAGUGUAGAGAAAGUAUGUCCUAAUGUUUUCACAUUUCCAAGAAUCUAAUCUGGAAUUACUCUUCCUUCCUCACUGUGAUAACUGUCAAAAGACCAAGAAGGUCCUUUUAGUCACAAUUUUCUGAGGCCCAUGUGAGAUUUGUUUUUCAUACCUGAUUGUGGGUGAAAUCCAGGUCAAAGCAAGAAAGGGAAUAACAUCUGUCAAAAAAAAAUACUGUUAACUCACCUCCCUCGCUGGACACCUGUAGCUGCCCUUCUGCUCCCAGACUGAACAGGCUUCCUGAGUUGCAGGGGGAUGUUCUGUGUGAAAGCUGUUCACCAGGGUGAGCUCUUCUGGCUAUUUGAGAUUGCUGGAGAGAAAAAGGCAAUGGCUUUUGAUGUGUUAGAUGAAUUCGAUGAUGAAACUCUUUCCUGACUUUGAAGACUCAGACUGGUGAGGAACGAAAUGGCCAGCAGUGCUAGGGAGGACUAGCCAAGAAUCCCUUGGUUUAACUUCGGAGUGGGGGAGAAGCAAAGCUCUGUUGUCAACGUAUUUCAUGGGACUGCUUAUGACUCUGGAUAUGAGGUGCUGUAAGAGGGAUCAGGAUCUGGCCUUUCCAGCAUUGAUUGCUACGUGUGGUUGGGAAGUAUUCUUGUUUGGCCGGUAAUGGUGUGGAUGAGGCUGUUGUAGAUGCCGGCAGACAGAAGAAAGACUCAUGUUAGCUUCAAGCUGUGCUGGGAGUACGGGGUCAAAAAUCAAUGGUUGCUGAGUGGGAAAAGACAAAGCUAGUAGGGAAAGAGAUGCUAUUUUUAAGUUUCCAAAAAUACUAAAGCAAAUCCUUAAAAACCUUGGGAAUAUGCUUCUAGCAACCAAAAUCUGGAGUUGCCUUAAUCCUUAAUGUUAACCCAGAAUUAAUUUUCUUUCAGAAAAAAAAAAAAAAAACAAAAAAACAACAAAACAAAAACACAACCAAAACAAAACCCACCCAAGAAACCUGUCCAAAUAAACAUCUCCAUUUCUUGUUAGCAGAGACUGCAUUUAGGUUAGCCUUAAAUCUGACCUUCUUUAAAAGAUGGGAAGAAAUAAAGAUCCAAGUUAAUUAUAUGAUUAAACUGGGAAAUUUUCCAUUUUGGCAGUGUUCUGUUAAAUAACACUCAGCUACAAUGGUAGGCCUUAGCACAUCUGGUCUGAAAAACACAGGAAGAGGAAAUACAUUGUUUAUCAAACUAAAUAUAGUUGGAUUGGAUGUCUUGUUUCAGUAAAAUGGUCAGAGAUGGUGGCUGAUGUAUACAGGGCCAGAGUUUCAGCUGCUGUAAAUCUUAUAGUUCCGUGUAUUCCAGUGGUUAUAACGGUAUCAUCUUCUUGCAGAAUAUAAAAUUUAAAUUAAACUAUGUGAUGUAGAUCGGCUAAUGAGAGAUGCAGAGUAUCCACAUUUCCUUUGGGCUACAUGCACGUUGUAAGCCUUUCAGUUGUGCCAAGGAUGAGAAAAAUCUGGGUGGGUUCAGCCUAAAGAAAUCGGUCGUAUGCAUUCAUUAUUGCUCGUAAUCUGUCCGCUAUUUCUGUUUGAACAGAUUCCACUAAUUAGCAGUUUAUUUCAUGUUUACAGCAUGUGUAUAUUUGCAGUGCAUACUGGGAGAGAGGGAAACUCCUUCUGGAGGUCUCCCGCAUCAGGACUGACAGGAGAAGCAUUGGAAAAAGCUGUCAGCAUGCUGGUCUGUUUAUCUGUGAAUUGUGGUUGUGGCUGGUGGGAACUCAAAGCUACUGGUAACAGUGGUUUAGCCCAGGUUCACCUCGGCCAAGCUUAGGCUGCUGUGCUGCUUAUCUAGGUGCCCAAGGCACUCUGUACAGUCACCUGAGAGGAACACAAAUCGCCUGGUAGGUGGAGAGGAUACGGCACCUUCUCAUUCUGCCAGUUACAUACAGGAAGCCUCCUGAAAUUAAGCACAUCAGCAAGUGUCUUAAUUUAUGAUGAACCUGAGCAUUGCUGUGCUCAUUAGCAGUGCACCCUGCAGCCUAGCUCCCUCUUCUAAUUUAUGCCCACCCACAGGGUGUUUUGGAAGCCGGUUGGACUGAGCUCUGUUGACAGUGGGGAGGGAAGGGAUAAGAAAGUAUGUCUACCCUGGGUUGGAGUCCAUGUGGGAUUUUGUUGGUUUCCCUGCUCAGUGAAGAACUGUGUGUAGAUGAGCCUGUGGUAUGUUUUCUGUAUUUUUGUGUAGCUUCACCUCCUAGGCUUGAGCCAGGCUUCAGUGAUUGUUACUGACAGUGAGAUGAAGAAUCUCUUUGAUCUUGCUCAGACCUUAUAUCUAGGUAGCUGGUUUCUUCUCAGUCUUUGCUGUGAGCACUGUUACAGAACUCAGCUGUGGGCACCCGUUUCUUUAGAGCUAAGGUAGAGCUUUCCUCUCCAUCUGCUGUUUCUGCCAGGAGCAGCUGAUCUGAUGAUGUCUCUGGACUUCUGCAGUCGCUAGAGUUCAGCUAAAGAGAGAAUAGAGGUAAUCCUGUGCCAGAAUGGAGAGAGAGAGACGGGCUAAAAGAAAGCAAGCAAUGUCACAACCGGCUGAAGCAUACACCGUCACUGUAUCGUGCUGCUUCAUGGUAUGUUUUGCUCUUCUGAGUACAAUGAAAGAGCACAGUUCCAUCUUAAAUAGUUCUGCCUCCCCAGUAUCAACUUCUCAAUGACCCCAGGGUUAGUGUUUGUUGUAAAAAGAACGUCAGACCUAAUCCUCCCUGGAGGGUUUGGAUGUAGUAACAAGAGUCCUGGCUUGUAAGAAGUGGAAAGAAGGUAAAAUUCAGAAGCUUGAAGGCUCUUGACUUUGUCUUGCCCUGCAGAAUUCAGUUACCUAAAAGUUGAUAAGCAAAACAAGUUUUACUCUUGCUGUUCUGACAGAACAAGUAAAGUAUUGCAAUCAUUUUUAGCAAGUUGAAAUCUCUGCUUUGUUUUGAAAGCAAAGAAGAAAGAUAUCUAGUACCUCAUGGUUAGAAUUUAGUGGAUUAUCUCUAAUACAGUAUAGUAAAUGACACCAUUCCCUUUUUUAACCUUGUCCAGUACAAUUUAAAAUUUUUUUUCAUGACGUUAUAUGCAAUAUAGUAUCUGGCUGUAACUUUGAUUAUUGGGAGGGAAACUCUUGCAGUGUCCUCCCAUGACAUGAAAUAAUUUUUCUAAUGCAUGAUUUGCUGACUUUGGGCAAAAGCCUACUUUAUUCCUGCUCGCCAAGGAAUUCUUGAGGCAGGCAAAUGCGCUCCCUUCUCUACAGAGCAGAGAAAGCAUUUCUGGAGCCCAUACAAAGUGAUUCAUGGCUUCAUGCAGUCCCCGUAGGCCAGAAAGCCCAAAGAUGCAGACACUCUCUUCCUCCUCCGUUUUCCUCUGAAAUGAGAGCACAGCAGUAACUCUGACAACUAGUCUCUGGCUGCUGAGUAACCAAGCUGUAAUUUAAGGUGGGGAGCAUUUUCCCUUUUGCACUUAACGGAGUACUGUGUAUUCAGGCUGGAUAUCAGUAUUUGCUUCUGUAAAUACGACAGUAUCAAUUUGCGUCCUCCACCCGAAUCCUGUAUCUGUCUAUAUUCAUAUCUCCCAAGGAGAGAAGAUAAUCUUUAAGCUUCUGUAAUAUGAAAUAUCCCUGCCCUAACCUGAAUGCACAAAAAUAGAGUACAAUGAAAUACAACUACUUUCUUUGAUUUAAUUUAUUUUUCUUGGAAAAUAAUUUUGCCUACAUUCAUUAGUAAUGAAAAGAUAGUAUCAAUGAUCAGAGAGCAGUGAAACUGUUGAAAGUUGGUCAUAAUGCCUGGGAUGCUCGUGUGAACUAGAAGUGGGAAGGGCAAGUAGAGGGCUCGGUUCCUUGUGCUGAGCAGUGCUGGGUUACACCUAUAUUCUCCAUCAAGCUUGUAAUUUAGAUUUAGCAAGUAGCAUGACACACACAUAUCGGGUCAAGUUACUUGAGGUUUGGUGGUGAUGUAUUAAAAUUCUGUAGGAAAAUAUUUCAAAAUGGAAGUUGUAACAAUGUGAAAAAUCCCCUCAAUAGCUACUUAUACACACUCAAUAGCUCAAAUUUUUGUACCGUUUUCCCACUGUUAAAAAAGGAGAUUUUGAAGCAUGGUCAGGUUACAGCCAGUAUUUUCAAGUUUAAUGGUUAGAGCUCCUGGAAGUUUUUCUCUUCUGUGGUGAAGAGCAUCUGCACUUUUUCAGUGGACAGUCAUUGCAAAACCAACUUAGACGGACGGCACUGUGAAAUGUAGAGAGGUAACUGAGGAUCCCAUAGCACUUUUAAUGAAUUAAGGUGGGAUUUGUCUGAUUGAAUGUUGAUGUCUGCAUUUGGGCAAGACACUGCAGCUAGUCAGUAUACCUAACGAAUGCAAGCCUGCUCCUCCUACAUGCCUGCAGUUGGUCAGACAAACUGCACCCUAAGCUCCAUGGACUGUUACACAUGGCUUGCAGGCAGACGUGGACACUAUACACAUCUGAAAUUAGGCGAGAUGGAUCUUCACCUGGGAGCACGCUGGCUGGAUGGCAGCACUGGUCUUUGUGUUGUGGUUAGCAAUGGUACGUACCUCUGCUUCCGACUUGACGCUUGUUGGGAAGUGAGGCCUUUUUUUUGUUGUUUUUUUGCUUUUUUUUCCUCUUAUUCUAGAGCAGGUAGCACUACAGCAGUGGAUAAAGUAACUGAUCCUUGGUUAUUAUACUGUGGCAUAAAAAUUAUUUGGCAUUUCUCAAGUAUUUUAGAGAUAAGGUUACUAUGUGAACAUUGGACCACGCAUAACUUAGAACAUGUUAAGAUGCAAAAUGUUUGUGUCCCAGUUGAUGAAAGUAUUUCCUUAUGCUUAUUCAAUACUAGAUACCUAUGAAACUUUCCCUAAAGAAUCUGCUAGAAUGGCAGAAGAUUCAGAUCUUCAUCUGUGAUACGAAAUGAUCAACUGCAAGAGCUCCGUUAUGAUUUCAAAAUGUUCCCUCACCUCCAGUUCCAGCUUACAGAAGUGUUUCCAAUUUUGCGUAGCUGCCUAUCUGCAUGUAUGCUUACAGUCUGUACAGAAAUGCACUAAAAUGAGUUGCCCUACCUGGGAAGGCUUUAUAUUGUAUAGAAAAUGUGGCACUAGGUACUGCUCUUCAUGUGCACAGGAGAGUUAACAGGUGUCUAUCUCGUUUACAGAAAUGAUGGCGCUUUGCAGUUUUCUAAUAUAUUGCAAUAUAUUUAAAUGUCCUGUUUGACAUGUGAAAUGAAAUUAAGUUAAUGCAUUGUUAUGUAUUUGAAGUAUGAGGAAGACGAUUCACUAACGACCAGCAAGGUUUUUAGAAGGUGUCCAGUAUGUAGCCGUCUGUGUGAUCUGUCUGGUGUAUGUGAUGUUAAAGGAAGCAACAAUACUGUCACUGUUUAGAAUGAAGAGUUUCUUUUGAAUGAUGCAAUAGCUUACAGUGUCUUUCCUUUGUAGCUGCCCAGUGUGGUGAAGGAGAAGCAAUUCUUGAAAAAGUUCAAGAUAACUGGUUAACUGUGAAUGGGCCUAAUCUUUCGUGAAACCAAGAAAAUUUUUGGACACACACAGGACUUGAAUACUCAAAAGGAUUGGAACUUAGUGUUGUGCCAAAGUUAAACUACUGCAGUUGGCAGAAGUUCUGCACUGUAAAUAGAAGACUGAUUAAAAGACAGCUUGUAAAAAAAAAAAAAAAAAAUUCAAAUUUUAAUACAGUACAUUUUUAUUCUGAUACAUGAUGGAAACAUUCUGGUUUAGACCUUUUUUGAAGAGGCUUCAGUGACCACUAGAUUUUGUCCUCUUAUAUUUUGUUUGGCCUAAUACUAUAUGUUCUAGUAAGAUGGGCUUUAUUGCCUGUGUUCUUUGAUAUGUGAUUAAGCUUAUAGCUUUGAGUGACCAAACAUUUUACAGAGUAAAAGUUCUUAGAAACAGUAUAACAUAACUGAUAUUUCUGUGUCUUAUUUAUCAGGCUCUGCACAAACUUGGAAAGUUGUGCUGGACUUGUACAACUCAUAUAUGGGAACGCAGCAUACUUCUGGAUAUUACAAACCUAAGCCUUUGUGGCAGUACAAAUCUUGUCUUUGGAUUUAUUUUUGUUAUUUUUUUGAGGCAAAGAGACAAAUGGAUGCUGCUGUAAAAUAUUUGUAAUAUUGCCAUUAUUGCUUUCUGUAGCAAUUAUUGCUUUUGCUUCAACAGAUAAAGAAAAUAAAUCAGAGAUAGAAAAAUCCUAAAAGACGCUGGUAGAAGAAAGGAUCAUGUGGGAACUUCUGAAAAUAAACUUUGUACCAAAAAUUUGAAAACAGAAAUAAUGGAAUAAAUGUCUCCUUACUGAGUGCGUGUGGUUUUAAGAGGUGAUGUGGAAACUAGGAGCCGUGUCUGUAUGAAAAUGUCACAAACCAGAUCUUCUCAAAUGUCUUUUUUUCCUGUUAAACAAAACUGAAUUUCACCAAUUCCUCAGAUGCAUUAAAUUUGGAGAACUGGCUUGGCUGAACAGCCAGUGUGAGGUCAGCUUCAUGUGCGAGUCAGUACAGCUGCUUGUUGCUGAACCGUUCUGCUGCGUCAGCAGGCCAGUGACAUUCACGUGAUUUUUCUCAUUAAGGCAGAUGCUCUUUAUUAUCACAUUUAACAUGUUUGGUGGGGGGAGGAGUAGGGGUGAGUAGGAGCCACCUCCCUGCCGAACUCCCCGUCAGUCAAACAUCAUGCUUUGUGGCUGCUUUUAACAUGUGCCUUUUCCUCAGAAAAGAAGGGUCUGAGAGGAGCACUCUGUUGAGCUCUGCAUCUCUCCAGCGAGCCUGACUCGCCGACACUCCCAGGAGCUCCCCGCCGGAGGCAGUGCCGCCGUCUUGCAUCGGCGUGACUCACCGCACCCGUCUCCUUCAGCUGUUGGGCUGCAACCGGAGGGGCUCAAGACCUGGUCUCCCCUGCAGGACCCGGCGUUGUGCCUACAGACCUAUCCCUGCUUGAGAAAACUGAGGCGAUAGAUUCGUUCCUGUGCUGUAGCUUAUGUCAGUCCUGAAAAAUUACGUCCCUAGCUGAAGUAGUGACCCGUGCACAGGCCUGGAGAUGAGCACUAGUAGCCCGUACAGCUUGGUGUUUGGCCAAAUAGUUUUACUCUGGGUGAAAAAAAGGGAGGGGGGGAAAGAAAGAAUGCUUAUUCAAGAAUCCGUCAGCUAAUGAGGGAGUUAUGAAAAGCCCUGGAUUAUGCACGCAGUCACCUUUUUUUUAAAUAGUUACCUUUUUUGUUUACAGUGUUACCAGCGAUUCCAAAAUGCUGCAAAUCAGUAGAUAUUUUCACAAGAGACCAGCUGGCUUUGUGGGUUGUUUCCCCUCUCCCAGCCUCCUCUUCCCAGCCCCUUCCAUCUUCCAUUUGUUUUCAUAACAAUACUGUCAACUACUAUUUUUAAGAAUUUCAAAUACUAAGCCACUUCGUGCACUGCCUUAUUUUUCUUUUUACGCUAGAAAGUCCCCUAUAGAACAAUGUUAAAUUGCUCCCUGUGGGCUUGGCAUUGCUUUGAAACGCUGCUGGUGAUGGUCUUCAGUGUUGAAUGGUGGUUUCUAACAUUUUUGGCUGUUAAAUGACUUGUUGCACUUCAUAUACUGUAAAAUGAAACCUUUGAAUAUAUGUUUCUACUGCUAUAAUGUCAAACUAUUACCAUUGUGACUAAUUCAUCUCCCAUGUGUGUUUCUUUACAGGCUCAGUGCUGAGCUGAUGUUCAUUACCUUAAAAUAUUUAUUUGGUAGAAGAAAGAAAAGGCGGAAAAAGGGAAUGAAAGUGUGUGUCGCACCUAGUUGAUUUGUGUCUUUGGGUGAAAAUAAAGGUCAGUGUUGGCAGUAA